GCUCCGGGUACGCCUCCGAGCUCUCAGACCUCGGCCGCUGGGGAGCGGGACUUCCUCCUUUGGGGGCCGGCGCGCGGGGCCCAGCUGGGCGGGGCGGGAGACGCCCCCGGCGGCCGGUCCCCGCUGCCCCAAUGGGAUUCGGUGCCGGGCGGCAGCUUUGCCCAGUCCCGAGGCCGUGCUCGGCCGCGGAGGAGGCAGUGCGGCCGGGGCAGCGGCGGCGCUGCACCCGCCGAGGGGAGGCCGAGCCUGCCGAGCUGGCAACUGGCUGGGCCAUGGUGGCCGGCGUCCGCGGCGGCGGCUGCGCGCUGGCGGGGGCUGCCCGGUGCGGCUUCCUGGCUCUGCUGCUCGUGAUCUCCGCCCCGCGCCGGCUGCAGGCGGAGGAGCCGGGUGGUGGCUGUGGGCAUACAGUGACCUAUCUGGACAGUGGCACCAUGGCAUCUAAGAAUUACCCAAGGACUUACCCCAAUCAUACUACCUGUGAAAAGACCAUCACAGUACCUAAAGGGAAGAGAUUGAUUCUGAAGUUAGGAGAUUUGGAUAUCGAGUCCCAGACUUGUGCUUCUGACUACCUCCUCUUCACCAGCAAUUCCAAUCAGUAUGGACCAUAUUGUGGAAGUAUGAAUGUUCCCAAAGUACUCUUGCUGAACUCAAGUGAAGUAACUGUUCGCUUUGUGAGUGGAUCCCACACUUCUGGGCGGGGCUUUUUGCUGACCUAUGCCAGCAGUGACCAUCCAGAUUUACUUACAUGUUUGGAACGAGCUAACCAUUACUCGAAGACGGAAUACGGCAAAUUCUGCCCAGCUGGUUGUAGAGACAUAGCAGGAGACAUUUUUGGGAACGCGGUGGAUGGAUAUAGAGAUAACUCUUUAUUGUGCAAAGCGGCCGUCCAUGCCGGAAUAAUUGCAGAUGAACUGGGAGGUCAGAUCAGCGUGCUUCAGCGCAAAGGGAUAAGUCGCUACAAAGGGAUCCUGGCCAAUGGCGUGCUCUCCAGGGAUGGCUCCCUGUCGGACAGGCGGUUUCUGUUUACCUCCAACGGUUGCAGCAAACCCUUAAGUUUGGAAACGCAUGGGCAGUGGAUCGAUGGGUUUGGAGAACAAGUUCUUUGGUCUCCUGGCCAAACCCAACUUCAGGACCAAGGGUCAGGGAACAGCAGCAAGAACCACAAACAGCGAGAGUGGCUGGAGAUAGAUUUGGGGGAGGAAAAGAAAGUAACAGGAAUUAGGACCACCGAAUCCACACAGCCAAAUUUCAACUUUUAUGUUAAGAGUUUUGUGAUGAACUUCAAAAACAACAACUCCAAGUGGAGGACCUACAGAGGACUCGUCAAUAACGAAAAAAAGGUGUUUCGGGGCAAUUUCAAUUUUCAUGAUCCAGUGACGAACAAUUUCAUCCCUCCCAUCGUGGCCAGAUACGUGCGGGUUGUCCCCCAGACGUGGCACCAGAGGAUAGCCUUGAAAGUGGAACUCAUUGGUUGCCAGAUUACACAAAGUAAUGACUCACUGGUGUGGCGCCAAUCCAACUCAAAUUCUGUUGGUUCAACUAUAAGAGAAGAUGAGACGAUCACAAAACUCAUCCCCUUUGAAGAAAUGCCCACAGGAGUGAACAUCGCGAUGGUUGCAGCUCCGCUGGUGCUCCUCCUUGUCCUGCUGGUCGCUGGGAUGGGGAUCUCUGCUGCCCUUAGAAAGAGGAAGAAGAAAGGAAAUCCUUAUGCAUCCGCUAAAGCUCAGAAAACAGACUGUUGGAAGCAGAUUAAAUAUCCCUUUGCCAGACAUCAGUCAGCUGAAUUUACGAUCAGCUAUGAUAAUGAAAAGGAGAUGACACAAAAGUUAGACCUCAUCACAGGUGAUAUGGCCGAUUACCACAUGAUUGGCACUGGGACAGUCACCAGGAAGGGCUCCACCUUCCGGCCCAUGGACACCAGGGCCCACAAGGCUGGGGCGAGUGCUGAGGCCGGUGGCCACUACCACUGCCCGCUCCCCGCAGGCAGCCACGAGUACGCGCUGCCCUUGACCAACCCGGAGCCCGAGUACGCCACGCCCAUCGUGGAGCGGCACCUGGUCCGGGCUCACACCUUCUCUGAGCAGAGAGGCUACCAUGUGCCAGCGCACAAGCACUCCCUGUCUUCUGGCAACUUCUCCCCGGCUGCAGCCGGAUCCUGCACCACGAGCCAGGGCUACCAAAGGCCACCGAGCCCCGUGCUCACAGACUCAGGCUACGAUCAGCCCAAAGCCAGCGGCUGCGGAACCUCUGAGUGUGCAAAGCCUGACUGUCAGCCCCGGAUGAAUGAUGCUUACUCAGCCCCCAGAGACUGCCUCAAACCCCUCAACCACACAGCCGUGACUGCUCUUUUGUGAACACACUGUGAAAAACCUGCUGUGGUACUGAGCGCUGGGCUGUGUGUGGCACUGGAAGAAGAUAGGUUCAAGUGUGUGUGUGUGUGUGUGUGUGUGUGUGGGCGCGUGUGUGCACAUGUGUGUGUGAUUUAAUAGGAUCCUGCGGUGGAAUCCUAGAGACCACCUCUCAUACUGUUUACAAAGUUGUGCAACCAGUUCUGACCCUUUGGGCAAGAGUCUUUUGGUUUUUGCUGGGCUAGAAAAAUGAAAACUUUUAGAUGGCAUUUUCAUUUCUCUACCUGUGAUAUUGAGCUGCUUGGGUAUAAAAUGUGCAGUCUGUACAGAGUUGUAUUUAACAAGAAUUAAAGUAACUUAAGUUUGCUUUAUCAGAUUUUAGUUCUGCACAGAGGGUAAGUGGGAGAAUACAGCUGUGGCAAGAACAUAUAUAAUAAUAUGUUCACUUGUUAAAUAUAUUUUCUCUGAUACUGUGUUAGCAGCAGGUCUGUUUAAACUUAAUCUUGUUGUUAUUGUGGCUCAUUUCCUUUGCUUUGAUAAGUAGAACUAAAAGCAUUGUUAACAUUCUUCUCCUGGAAGGAAUGAAAUUACUUGAAGCAUGAAAAGCACACCAGGGUGGUUGUUAGCAAUUACGAUUGUAGAUUAAAAACACACACACACACAGCCACCUCAGAGACGGCCUGCUUCUUAGACUCCCAUGCCGGUGGGGAUGUGCGGCGGCUGGUCGGGGCAUGCACCCAGCCAGCAGAAGGCCUCUGCCUGCCCGGGACCUCACUGCCCUGCCUGAGGGACCUGGAUCCCUGAGGAAUUGGCCUUCAUCACGCUUUGCUUCUUCCUCACGUCAGACCUGUCAGAUCUUGCAUGGCUUUCACAUGCAAAUCCACUCUUUCAAACUAUCUGCAAAGCCAAAUGCUGAGACAGUAACCAAAACUGCUCUUCCAACAAAUUGAAUGAAGGUGGCACAGAAAUUACAGUCUGAAUCACUGUGUCAGAUACUUUUGUACCUCAGAUUAAAAAUAUCGCUAAGACCAGACGCCUACACUUUUCAUGACUUUCUUCAGAAAUAGCACAUUGUACUCUGAGACACAAAAAAAGUCAUUUGAAGUGUCUUCUUACAACAGUGAUCAAGGCCAAAUCUAAGUAGAGCUUUUUCUACUGAGAUGGCUGGGAACUGAACUGAUUUUGUAAGAACGCUUUUCCCCUCGAGUGUGUGUCUGCAGCUGCAGGUUAGCCCAGACCUCAGCUGAACCUCCUGUGCAGUGGUUUUAUCUGAGGUUGCAUUGUGAGUUCACUGUGGGGGACUUAACCUCUUUUACCAAAGAGGAAAAUAGGUGUUUGUUCAUUUGUUUGUUUGUUUGUUUGUUUGUUUGAAUAGAAAAUGUGGACCAAAAAUAUCCUUUCUCUAAACAACGUAUUAUAUCAUCUUAUUUGUAUGAUUAUAACUUUCUGUGAAAAAUAUAAAUGUUAAAAUAGUGAGGGUGCUGAAAUGUCACAGACUAUCUGUGCGUUAUUAUGGAGGCUAAACUGUGUACUUUGUGGCAUUUACAUGGUUUUGUAUGCAUACUAAUAUAAUAAACUAUGGCAAAUCAAA